AUAACUAUGCGAUACCCUUACUUCUCUAUUCUGUUCUACUCGAUCGCCUCGUCGUGCACCUCUUCUAUCUUUCACCUCGCUUCGAUAUCUCUCGACGAAUCGUAACUCGAACUCGUACUCGCUUCAAUACUCGAACCCAAGUCGAUCGCAAACAAAGAUGUCGCAACCUUCUCGGCUCCGACCGGAGCGAACCCCUCAGUUCAAGAGUAUGCAGGUGUUCCGCAAGAGGCUGAUGGCCGCAGGUCAUCUCGAACCGAGCAGCCCUAAGCACAUGAAGAGAAUCGUAGUGGUUGGCUCGCAGUCGGCAGGCAAGAGUGCGUUGGUUUCAAUGUUGACAGGGAUCAAGUUGGAGAGUUCGAUCAAAGCCACUACCCGCGGGCCAACUGUUUUCCGCUUCGUCAAGGGCGAAGAGCAGGGUGGAUACAAGCUCUGGCCAGAGUUCAUAGAGGAUGCCAAAGGCCCCUUACCCCGUCCAACCCAGGGGGAUCAGGAAAUUUGUAGGAAGAUCGACGUCCCGGCAAAAAUCAAGGAUCUUCACCGGCUCGUGUUGCGGCCCGAAUUCGAUGAGGAGGGAGAAUUUCUGGAUACCGAGGAUAUAUCCAGCGAUCAAAGGCUGGCCGACAUAAAUCCUACCUUUUUUACGGAGAAUAGAGUCGUCGUCGAGAAGGUCAACCCGGACAUGCCCGAUGUUGAAAUCAUCGAUUUGCCUGGUCUUCAGGUAUCGAGUCAACACCCUCACGUGCUUGACAAGAUCCGAAAGAUCACCCAGGAGAACCUCCGGAUGCCGAACACGUUCGCUGUAGGGGUAUGCCCUGCAACCACCGAACCCGAAAGCCAGGACGUUCUCAACGUCGUCAGGGCUUGGGAUCCGAGUUUUUCAAAAACCUUGAUCGCUCUGAGCCGUUCCGACGAAUUGUCAGGUAACGAAUGUGCGUGGGAGGAGAUGAUUUCGACGCAUCCGGGAUCAUUCUGCUUCAUCAUCUCCCUCCCACCUUCGGGAGUAGCAGCGACUCUGGAAGAACUGGAGUGUGAGGAGAAAAGCUGUUUCGACAACAUGCUCAAAUCAAACAAGAGCUUCGUUCACAAGGUCCCGCAGACUAUCCUUGGAAUUCAAAGUCUGCGUAAGCUCGUCUUGGCGAAGAUAUUUGCAGCAGAGAAGACUUUACUCUUGUCGGCCUUGAGCAAGCUGAGAAGCGAACUUGCCCUCCUCACUGAGAGUAGUGGACAAUGGAAACGAUCGGCAGUCAUCGGGGAAAUCAAUGCGCACAUCGACAUUGCUGCCCGGGAAUACUGCAAAACCCUUCGCACCUUCGAAAUCUCAAGCCACCAAGACCCAGCAACUUCUCUGGUCGAAAAGCAGCAGUCUGCGAGUCAAGUAUUCUUGCAGGUCUUGACGCAGCAGUAUUGCAGUAUCGGAUCGGCCCCGUUGGCAACCCUCACUUGUGAUUCAGCUGCCAACAGUCGCUACCAUCAGCUGUUCAUUGCGCCAGACAUGGCCCUACCGACGAUCCCGCUAGGACCGACUCCGCCACAGACUCCGCCGGCUUCGCUCAAGCGUAAGAGGUCGGAUCACGAAGACCCCCGGGUCAACCUGAAACGGGAUACAGAACUCGAACAGACUCGUCAGGUUCAGAUUCAUAUCACUCUAGCCCUUGAAAGGCUUCUGUAUGGUGUUCAAGAUCACCUUAGCCAUGCUAUAGCAAGUCUUGCACACGAUGGUGUAGCUCACUUGCUGCGAGAGAAGGUGGGAACCAAUCGAGUUCUUACCCUGGAAGCGGCGGCGUCGAUCAUGGCACAGAGCGCCGAAGAGGCCGAGAAGAGUCAAAAUAUGGUGGCAGAAUUGAAGAGACUCAUUGACAUCGGCGGACAAGCUAGAAUCGAGGGAUAG